CCCUCUCCCUCACCCUCACGUAUCCCCACCUCUUUCUCUUGUCUUUCUCUCCCAUCCCUAACCAACAUGGCCGCGAAAUCGGAUGGAGCAGCGGUGUCUGUGGAAGAUGACAACACGCCCGGCAGCCUCCCGGAGCCGGGGAACUCCGCCGCCGGCCGGCCCCGCUGCAGCGCCGCCGGCGGGAAGCCCUACACCCUGCUGGACUGCUGCUGGGUGCUCUGCGCCGUGCUCGUCUUUUUCUCCGACGGCGCGACCGACCUGUGGCUGGCCGCCGACUACUACCUGCGAGGUGACUACUGGUGGUUCGGCUUGACGCUCGUCUUCGUCGUGGUGCCCUCGGCCGUCGUCCAGGUGCUGAGUUUCAGGUGGUUCGUGUACGACUACUCGGAUCUGCGCUGCGGGGACGGAGCAGCGAGCGGCAGCGGCGGCGCGAAGGCGGCGGCGGGCGACGCAUGCGGUGCAGCCGCGGUGGGCGAUUACACUUUAAGCACCAAGGACAGCGGUGGGAGCGCGGCGGGGGGCGACGCCGCGAAUGCCACCCCGGUUUGCGCGUCCUCUGCCCCGCCUGCGACGGCGGGGACAAAAGGAACCCCGCGGAGCUGCUGCACCGUCUGCAUGUGGGUCUUUCAAACCGUGCUUCACCUCCUGCAUCUGGGGCAAGUCUGGAGGUACAUCCACGCUCUCUACCUUGGUGCCCAGAGCCGUUGGCAUGGCGCCGGGCCCCGGCGUCACUUCCACUGGCAGCUGAUGUUUGAGAGCGCUGACAUCACCAUGCUGCGCCUCCUGGAGGCCUUCCUGAAGUCGGCUCCGCAGCUCGUCCUCCAGCUGAGCAUCAUGAUCCACGGAAACAUCGUCCUCCCGCUGCAAGGUCUCUCUGCCUCGGCCUCCUUGGUCUCUCUAGCCUGGAUGAUUGCCUCCUACCAGAAGGUUCUCCGGGACUCCCGCGACGACAAGCUUCCCAUGUCCUACAAGGCCGUGAUCACCCAGAUGCUGUGGCACUUCUUCACCAUCGGGGCGAGGACCGUGGCCUUUGCCCUCUUCGCCUCCGUCUUCCAGCUGUACUUCGGCAUUUUCAUCGUCAGCCACUGGUGUGUCAUGACCUUCUGGAUCAUCCAAGGUGAAACUGACUUCUGCAUGUCCAAAUGGGAGGAGAUCAUCUACAACAUGGUGGUGGGCAUCAUCUACAUCUUCUGCUGGUUCAAUGUCAAGGAAGGCCCCAGCCGCCUACGCAUGACCGUCUACUACUCCGUGACGCUGGCUGAGAACGUGGCCCUGACCGCGGCCUGGUACACCUACCGCGGCCCCCACACCUCCGACUCCUCCGCCCUGGUGGUGGUGUGCCUGUUGGCCUGCAGCUUCGCCCUGGGGACCUUCUUCAUGUUGGUGUACUACUGCUGGCUGCACCCCGACGGGCCCGUCCUGGGCUCUCAGUGGGGAGGGUGCGUAGACGACGGCGCGGUGGGUGCCGGAGGGGUGGCGGGAGUGAUCGACGCCUGCCUCACGCCGUCCCAAGGGUCCCAAACGGACAUGGUCAUCACCAGCCCUCCGAGGACUCUCCCCAGGACUAAAGACACGGGGGAGCCGGUGCCCGGGGAGCGAGACAAGGAGAGAGACGGGGACAGUUGCCUGCCCAUCUUCCAGGUGCGCCCGUCCCCUUCAUCGUCUCCCGCGCUGCUUCACAGGACCUCCUCGUCGUCCCGCGCGCAGGACGGGCCCGUGAUCCGGAUCGACCUGCCGAGGAAGCGAUACCCGGCCUGGGAUGCGCACUUUAUCGACAGGCGCCUGCGCAAAACCAUCCUGCUCCUGGAGACCACGUCAGCCGUCAGCCCGAGGAUACAGUACAGGAGUAGCAUGAUGGGCAGCAAAGAGGUUUUAGAGUACGAGACAACCGUCUGAGCCCGAAAGAGGCUCAGCCUCAGAUCAGUUCUCAUCCCAGAAGCACCCGUGCCGGGAGAAGCGUGGAAAGGUGACAGAGUUUCGAGCAACUCUUCUUUUUCUUUUUUUUUGUGAGUGUCAAACUUGAUUGUAAAAUGUGAAGCGCAAUCUGGGAACAAAUGUCUCCCCUUAAGUCCGGGAGAACGUAGCAUGAAUGAGCCGUGGAAAGUAGAGGGAGUAACGCUUUGAAGGGAGAUAAUCUUCGUCUUUUCAAAAAGCUUGCAGGUGAGACAUUUGAUCCGUCAUCCUGGGACCGAGGGGUGUUAGAUUUAGUUUCAUCCUGCAUGGUUACGGCAAGAAGUAAAAAGGAUUUGAGGGUAAUUGAGAAACAGUCCGCUGCAUGAACUUGAGCCUUGGACCCGAGGGUUUCAACAGUGACUCACACGGGGACUUUUAACGGCUGCAGUUUGCACAGGACAUGCAAUCAUUCGGGCUGGUGGCAAAGUAGACAAGAACGCAGACUCACAAUUUCAUCGAAAUGACUGAAGUGAUAUGAGUGGCGAAUCUUAAAACUGAGUAAAAAUUGAGUUGAGAAGUCAUAGUUAAUUUUUUUUUAUGGAACUAACUGCAAAUAAUUGAAUUCAGCUUUUUAUAUCCAACCACAUACAAAAAGAUAAGUUCAAUUAUUUUCAGUUAGAUUAAGUGACGCACAAUAAAAUAAGCUAAAGACAUAAAUUCAACAAUGACAAACGAAUCUCACUCCCAUUUAACAUGAAUUUACGCAAAGCGUCUGGAUUUCUUUUAAACCUCCAACAUCACCAACUCAUUGCCAAUUGAGUACUCUUUAAUAUUUAAAGAAAUGCAAUCGCUUUGCAGACUUACACACGCACUGUUGAUUUGCUUAGAGCGUUUUACGUUUGCCGCGCAGCAUGACGUCACGCUUCCGAAAGUUUCCCUCGCGGACUCUUGUUAACCACCCUUCAAGCAUUGUGUCCGCGGCGUCCCAAAGAAGAAACGCGGACUCAAGUCCGAAGACAAAACAAGGAACGCAGAGCAGGAGCUGCGAGUGUUAACAGCCAGCCGGCCCACAUGUGCUACACGAGCGGUGCCACCUGCAGUUCCAUCUGCUCCGUCACCCACCAACUUCGUCAAGAGCUCAACUGGUGAAGAUCAGACGGGUCCGGAUGUGAGGUGGACGACUUCUGCAGUGGCUCCGCGCAACACGUCACGCUCUGACUCUCCGCACACAGGCCUGUGAUGUACAGUUGAAUAAAUACGGAUGUCAUAUAUAAGCUAUUAUAAUAAGCUGUAGUUGGUGAAUGACUUUUGGAUGAAGACGCUUCAUUUGCUCGCAAGAGUCUAAAUGUUUUCUUGAAAUACAUGAGACGUAGAGGUAGAAAGGGUAUCAUUAGCAACCUCAUGAUGAUGUGAAAACAUUUUCCAGUGUUUAACCUUGGGCAAGAACAGCAUCUGAUAAAAAAAACACAUUGAUUGUUUUUGCAGGCUAGCGAGUUAGAAAAAGCUGCUGUUUAUUGUUACAAACAGGAUGUCGGCAAGGGUUUGGAUUCUCGAAAGAUGUUUACAAAAUGAAACCAUGUACAGGCCUUCAGAGAAGAUUCAAUCGUCAGAAACGAGAGAAUCCUCUUUGUUCCUCUAACCUGCUAUCGUUGUGCCCUGACAAAAAAAAAAAGAAGAAAAGGAACCACCACUUGAAUUAAUUCAGCGGAGUUGUUCAGCAGACAACUUGAAGGGUCGAGGUUUAACGUCCUACUCCCCGGCGUGAAUGUGUUACUGUCAACUAGAAGCAGCCAGAUGCUGAGAAAUUGCAGCAAGGAAGAAUAGUUUAAAAGAACAAAGCACUAGCAUCAAAGCUAACUUUUCUCCUAUCUCGUAUUACUCAACAGAUACUCUCUUUGAAGUUCUUUUUUAUUUCUCUUUAAAAGCCAUAGUUUAGUCGGUGACUUGUGAUUUGUUAUGAAGAAAGUUCUUCAUGUCCAUCC